CCCGCUGACCAGGAAGGACCCCCGCCCCGGGGGCGGGUUGUUAAUCUACCAAUCAGCAGAGGAAAGCGGCCGGGGGAGCAACCCCCCCCGGGCUAGAAAAGGAGCGGCCGCCCCCGCCAGCGAGGAGGGUGUGGCUGGGAAGGCGUUGGCCGAGAAGGGCGCUAUGGAUGGCGCGCAGAUGUCUUCUCCUGCGUGGAGCGAGGAAGUAAACCAGGCUAAAAAAACUGCCCUUCUGGCUUGGGUGGAAGAGACUGGAAUCAAACUGGUACAGAUCAAUGGCCAGAGGAAAUACGGUGGCCCUCCUCCAGGUUGGACUGGCAGUGUUCCACCACCUGGCUCUGAGAUUUUCAUAGGGAAGAUUCCACAGGAUAUAUAUGAGGAUAAACUAAUUCCUCUCUUCCAGAGUGUUGGGAGGCUCUAUGAAUUUCGUCUCAUGAUGACGUUCAGCGGGCUUAACCGCGGCUUUGCCUAUGCGAAAUACGCAAACAGACGCAGUGCCCAGGAUGCUAUUGCUGUGCUCAACGCCUUUGAAAUCCAGGCCGGCCACCCCAUUUUGGUCUGCAGAAGUACAGACAAGUGUGAGCUCUCCAUUGAUGGUUUGUCUCUCACUGUGAGAGAGGGACACCUUCUUCCAAUGCUGCAGGAACUUACUGCCGGAGUCCUGAGUGUUUCCUUGCACCCAAGCCCUUUCAGAAGGGAGAGGCAGUUGGCAGAGGUGAAAUACAGCUCCCACCAGGCUGCUGCAAUCGCCAGGAAAGCGCUUGUGGAAGGUAGUUUGUGCCUCUGUGGAGAUGACAUUGAAGUGGAUUGGCUAAAACCAAAUAUAAAACAGGAACUCCACAGUGCCUCUGUUCAGGGCUUUCCAGAGAUUCCACCAUCCAAUUUUCCCCACAGAGAUGUUCCCUACAAAGCACCUUCUGGGCCUGUGCAACCCGCAGUGGGCAGUGUGCUGGACUACCUGAAUUUGCAGUGCAAGGAACGGCAGCUGGGGCUCCCUGUAUUUCUUACAAAAUGUAUGCAAAAGAAUCCUGAAGGAUGGUUGCAGUUCUGGUAUCAAGUGGUGAUACCUAAAUAUCCAUCACCUUUCAGUGGGUUUAUCUGGAUCAAGCCAGAACGUUCUGGCUUGGAGGCCCAUGAGAAGGCCAAGAAUGCAGUGGCACUGCAGCUACUCAAAGCUCUGGGAUGCCCAAUGGUGUAAGAGGACAGUCUUCAAGUUCGGGAGAGGUCUCUGUGUCCUGUCCUUGCCCACUAAAACCAGCUUGCCCACUAAAACCCAUGGGGAGAGAAAGUUUGCCUGACAUCUUGUCUUUUUUUUGUUUUUUGGCGGGAAGCAUUGCUGCUUUUGGAGUCUUGUUAGAUUUAAAAAGGUUGUCCAUGCAGAUCUCGGUACUAAAUUGUUUUUGGUUAGUUAUUUGAGUAUCCUUUUCAGUUUGGGGAAAAAUAUGCAUGCAUAUUUCUCCGCAGGCAAUCUUAAACUGGGGGCAUAUCUUGCAUUCACAACUUUAUUUCUGCCCCUCAAGCAUGACAAGUACUGUGUAAAACUAUAGGGAUGACUCCCGCCCCUUUCAACACCAAGAUUUAGGGCUGCUUAUCUUCUUUGUUUACACAUAGAAAACAUUAUUAUUCUUUGUAUUUAUUUAAGAGUUUGGAGAGCUUUCUCACUUGUUUGUGACAGUUUGAAUUUGUUUUGUAGCUUUAGGCGAGGGGCAUUGGACAAUAUUUCAUGCACAAGGCUGGUAUGUAACAAGUUCCUUGUGUGCUGCUCUACAAUCCAGCCUUUUUCUUUAGGAAGAAACCCGCCUGUACUGAUUAUGUCUUCCUGGGGAUUCAGGAUGGUGUUCCCUGAAUUCCUUCAUGUGCCUCUUAAUAGCAGAACACCAGGUGUCUUUUUAACACUAGAAAAAGUACCCAGUGAGUAACAUAUGGGAUGUAUGAAGAUUUUAGGGAAAGGAUCAGGCAGAGUCCCUUCAAAUUCUUUGACUUUUUAAUGUGCAUCAAAAAUAGUGAAUGAAUAUGUAACAUUGGAAACAUAGGCACUUGAAUAUUAAAAUUGUUUUGAAAGAAAUAAGUGUUGCAAUCUCCUUGUGUGAAGCAUCUGAAAUCUGAUAAGAUGAUAUUUAUGCUGGGUUUUGUUUAUUUUAUUAAAUUUGUAUGCUGCCCUUCAUAGUUCCGUAGGUGGUUCACAACAUAAAAUUACAAUAUAAAAUCCAUAAUAAAGACAGCAAACCAAUAAUCCCCCUUCCCACAGCACAUUAAAAAGGGCAUUGGGGGUCAAUUAGCCAAAG